ACGUUUGUUUGUUGUAGUGAAUGGUGUCGUUUGUCAGUGAUCUCCCUUUACGGGGGGCCGUGAGGUUAGGGGGUCCGGCACAAGGAGGAUUGGUGAAUUCGAGACUUUACUAUCUGCACCUGUACAACAUAUGGUUUAUUUACAGCGUUUUUAAAUAAAUACGUAGCGCACAAUCGAUAGCUGUCAAUUUUAAAUGACGGCUGCAGCAACAAAACACAAAACUGGAGUGAACCGGAAUCAGACUGAAUAGAGUUUAGGCAGCAAACGGCUAUUUAACAUUUUUUUUUCUCUCGUAGUAUUGAGUCUUCAAUAACACGACUAGUAGUCGUGGCAUUUAUCCUCUGUAACUUGCAGAGAUUUGUUUUCGUUGUUGUUUUAACAAUUUUGUUCACUAUACUACUGCCUUGUGCUUUUGUAGGCCCUGCAUUCAUUGUAUUCAGUGUCUUAUAUUUAUUUUAUUGUAUUAUUAUUAUUAUUAUUUAAAUGUAUAAUUAGAGUGGUAAUGGUGGUAAGCAGGUGAAAAAAGUUACACUGAAAGUUGACUUCUGUCCUUCUCGGAAAACAUAUUUGAAGUCUACAGUUUUGUUUGGUAGAAGCCAUUGUACCUUGCUAUACAAUGUCGAGGCCAUUUAAUUUCUAGGGGCAAACCGAUGAUAUCUUUCUACACGCUAUAAACAGCAUGGUGCAAUCUGACAGAUCACUGUUCCGAAUUCUGCUGGAAGCUUAGCUUUGUCAUGCUAAAUUGUUAUAGGAAAUCAGAUUUACUGACUAUGGAAACCCAAUAAAGUACCAGCAUCAGACAGAAAUUAUCAUUGAAAGUGCAACAGAUAGUACCCCUCAUUUGACCAUGUUAACAUGAGAUUGUUGUAAUAAAACAAAAAAAAAGCAAGACAGGUUAUUAAGCAGGCAUGAUACAAAUGCUUUUAUUCUGAAGGAUUUGUUAGGAAAAGCAAGCCAUCCAUCUAUCUCAGAUUUUUGCCAGACUUAAAUUGUACAAUGAAAAGAAGGAAUACUAAACAGAAGGGGAAUGUCCUUGUCAAUAUUGACAAAGGUACACCUUCAGACUUACAGGCAUUCAACAAUAUUAUCUCAGUGGACACCAAAGUACAUCUGGAAAAUCCGUGUCCCCUCCAAGAACUGUCAUUGGAGAAAAGAAAGCAUUUAUGUUUUAAACAGUACGACAGGAACUUACUUACAUUCUUGAAUGAUGAUAGAAUGAAGUCAUCAUCCUUCUGUGAUCUAGUUAUUGUUGCAGAUGGAAAACAAUACAGUGCCCAUAAGGCGGUGGCUGCUUUUGGCAGUAGUUAUUUUCAAGCUCGUUUGACCAAAAACCCAAACUUAAAACAUGUUACCUUGGACCAUGUUACAGACUCUGUGUUUCAGCACCUACUGGAAUUCUUAUAUACCUCAGAAUUCCUGAUCUAUGAAAGUGAGAUCCCUUCUCUCGUGGAAGCAGCCAAGUUUUUAGAUAUGACUGAUGCAGUGAACCUGUUAACCAGUGAGGAAUAUUCAUCAGCCUCUGUCAAUGCAGAAGAGGUCACAGAAGAAAUAUCAUACAAUGAACUGGCACAAACACCUGAGCUCAGUGAUAAGCUGUCUGGAAGCAACCAAUGUACCCUUUGUAGCCGAAGCUUCUGCUACAGAAAAUCCUUACAAAACCAUCUGACUAAAUCUCACAGCGCACCAUCAGUAGAAAAAUCAGAAGACAUUUCCAAAAAUUUGGACGAGACAGAGCAUACCACAAGAAGGUCUGCACGCACUCGCAAAUGCCCGGUAAAAUUCUGCAACAAAAGUGAUAAUGAAAGUACAGGCCUGUCUGAUGACAGCAGUUCAGACAAAAUGCUUAGUGAUGAGGAGAGACCGGACGUUACUGAAAUGGAAAACUGUCAGAGUGAACGUGAAGAGCAGGAAGAGGACCAAAACGAAGCAACAUCGGAUGAAACUGAAGCUGAACAGGAGAGUGACAAUGACGAGGACAAUCAGAAUACAGAUACUGAAGGAACCAAUCAGAGCUUCCCUGAAGGACUAGCUCCUGUCAUAAUCCAGAGUGCAAACAAGAAAACACUUAAAUGUCCUAAGUGUGGUAAAACAUUUGAUCGGGCAGGAAAGUAUGAAAGUCACACACGCGUUCACACAGGAGAGAAACCUUUUCAAUGUGAAGUUUGCCAUCAGCGCUACUCCACUAAAUCAAACCUCACGGUUCACAGGAAAAAGCACAACAACGAGACUGCAUUCCACAAGAAGGAACACAAAUGCCCAUAUUGCAAUAAGCUACAUGCCAGCAAAAAAACUCUAACAAAGCAUGUGAAGAGGUUCCAUCCUGAUAAUGUACAAGAAUUCCUUUCAAUUAAGAAGAAAAAGAGUGAAGGGUGGAAGUGUGAUAUCUGCAACAAAUCCUUUACCCGUCGACCACACCUGGAAGAGCACAUGAUUCUUCACACACAUGACAGACCCUUUAAAUGUGCAUACUGUGAGGAACACUUUAAAUCCAGAUUCGCAAGACUGAAGCAUCAAGAGAAGUUUCAUCUAGGUCCCUUCCCAUGUGACAUUUGUGGUCGACAGUUUAAUGACACGGGAAAUAGAAAGCGGCACAUUGAGUGUACUCAUGGAGGAAAGAGGAAAUGGACCUGUUUUAUCUGUGGGAAAUCUGUAAGAGAAAGGACAACAUUAAAGGAACAUUUGAGGAUACACAGUGGAGAAAAACCUCAUCUCUGCAGUAUUUGUGGGCAGAGUUUUCGGCAUGGUAGCUCAUACAGGCUUCAUCUCAGAGUCCAUCAUGAUGACAAGCGAUAUGAAUGUGAUGAAUGCGGGAAGACUUUUAUUCGUCAUGAUCACCUGACAAAACACAGAAAAAUACACUCAGGAGAAAAGGCUCAUCAGUGUGAAGAAUGUGGAAAGUGUUUUGGUCGUAGAGAUCACUUGACAGUUCAUUACAGAAGUGUCCAUCUAGGGGAAAAAGUUUGGCAGAAGUACAAAGCAGCCUUGCACCAAUGUGAAGUAUGUAAGAAAGAAUUUAAAGGGAAAUCAAGCUUGGAAAUGCAUUUUAGGACGCAUUCAGGAGAGAAACCUUACAAGUGCCAGAUCUGUAACCAAACUUUCAGAAUCAAGAAGACGUUAACCAAACACAUGGUGAUUCACUCAGAUGCCCGUCCAUUUAACUGCCCACAUUGCAAUGCAACCUUUAAAAGGAAAGACAAAUUGAAAUAUCACAUUGAUCACGUACACGGAACUAAGGCUGCAGAACAGUCAGCAUCAGAGCCCUCGGAGGAGAAAAUAGUUUCUUUGCCAAUGCCAUAUGAUGAUAAAGCUUAUCACACAGAAGCAAAACAGUACAUGGAGCAGCCCAAGGUAUACCAGCCCGAACCAAAGACCAUUCUGCAAAGUGUUCCCACGGAGGUCUGUGUUCCUGUGACACUGGUACCUGUCCAGAUGCCUGAGGUUUCUGCUCAAGCUGAUCUUGUAAGACACACCACUCCUCUUCCACAGCCACAGACACAGCAAACAGAAUACCAGCCAGCCACAGACCUUGUCUUUUUGGAGAAGUAUACACUUACUCCCCAGCCCACAAACAUUGUUCACCCAGUUAGGCCUGACCAGAUGUUAGGUCCUCAGGAGCAGUCUUAUUUGGGAACUCUGCUUGGACUUGAUACAGCCACGCCAGUUCAAAACAUAUCCAACUCUGAACAUAGUCAAUAAAAAUACUCUUUGAUGUACAGUAUGUGUUAUACAGUACGCUCUAGGUUUAGAUCUUAAAUAUGAAUGUAAUUAUAAAAAUGUUUGAGGUAUAAGUGAUUUUAAUAUAACUGAUGUAGAGAAACCAUGUCAUAUGUUUUAUUAAUUUUCCAGAUGUUUAUGGGCCAUUGCAAUUCAUAGCUGUAGAGAGUAUUUGAAGUCUAGAUUUCAGUAGCAGUUAUAAUAAUAAUUUUUAAAAAAGCUUAGCAAACUUUUAGGUUUUGGGGGGAUUUGUUAAGAUUGAAAUUAUGCUUAAGUAAAUUGCAUUGCAGUUUUUAUGUGAUCUGUAAUUUGAUUUACAAAUGUUUGGUAAAAAAAAAAAAAAAAAAAAAACAGUGAAAGUAGAUAUUAAAAUAACAUUUUAAUUAUAUAUGGAUGUGCAAGUGGCUGAAUUUAAAGUGUUGUCCCAGUGUUUUGAAAAAAGAAAAGUAAGCACAUUUUGGUACCACACAUAAGAUAGAGAUUUGACCACAAUUGCACUUAAGCAAAUUUAUGUUUGGCAGAUGUUUCUCUAAUCAUGGUCAGCAUAUGGACUGGCAUUAUCCUGUGUCACCAUCAUUAUUGAUGGAAAAACUGCACAAUGUAUGGACCUUUACUGUAUUUCAGUUGCAUUAAAAUUGUUUUAUGUACAG